AUGGGAGGCGCGGGGAGCAGCAGCAGCAGCAGCUCCAGCCCCGAGGAGGACCGGGCGCCGGAGCAGGCGCCGCCCGCCGGGAUGCUCAAGGUAAGCCUCUGGGCAUGUGCAGAGCGCAUCGCCCUCGCCUCGCCCCUCUUUCCAUUGUCCUGCGCCUCUCCCCUGAGCAUAGCUGUCAACUUUCAGAUUUGAAAAUAAGGGAUCGGCAGCCUCACCUGUCCCGGGGACAGUCUACGGGAUAUCUAACAAUCUGGGACAGCAGCGGGAAACGGUGCUGGAAUAAGGAGAUUUCCCGCAAGAAAAGGGAAGGUUGACAGCUAUGCCCCUGAGUUUCCUCCUCCCGACAGCCCUGCGAGGGGAGCUGUGUGGCCAGAGCGCCUGAUGCCUCGCUGGCGUCCCAAUCUGCCCUCUUUCUCCCCCUCCUCGCCCCAUCCCCACGACAGCCCUGCAAGGUAGGCCAGGCAGAGAGAGGCAGCGACAGGAGCUUCGGGAAAAGCAAACUUGCCCAGUAAUAAAGGAGCCUGCCGGUGGGGGAUCGGCGCCUCGUGGGGCGCAGAGGGUUCGGGACGGGGGGAGGCAACCCCUUGUAGCCCCCCCCCCCAUUUCUCCUUCCCUCCCACCUAUUAUUUGCUGCCUGAAAUGUGAUCUAGGCCCCUCCGCUAUCUCAGGACUCUACCGCCUCAUUCUGCCGCGGGUGCAGCCAGAGAAUGCUCUAUAUAUUCCUUCAUCUUCCUCAAGACAGGGAUCCCCCCAAAAGAAAUAUUUGGAACCCACCAGCCUCUGGCUUUGUAGCUCUACUGCAGUGGUCCCCAAAUGGGGUGGGGGGAGACACACAAUAAAUUCACCCUGGUGCCCCCUACCCUAUAAAAAGCAGCGUGCAACCCACUAUUCUGGACAAUGCUUUUGUUCAGCCAAACAGCAACAGUCUGCUGCUCCUGCAGGUUUAUUCAAAAUCCAAAUGUAUUAGACGGAUGGACUUGAUCCAGUGAGACCAGCUUUUGAAAGUCUGAGAGUUAUUUGCACCUCCAGUGCCCGCCUGCCACCCCCUUGCCUCUUAGCGCCCCCUAGAUAAAGUCACCGCCCCCCCCCGAGGUGUUUGCUACCACUCAUUUGGGGAGCUGCUGCUCUAAGGGUGGUGGUGUUACGGUUCUUCCCCUCCCCAAAUCUAAAUUAAAUUCUACCAGUUUGGAACCUAAAUUGGAUCUAUCUCCUUUUAGAGGGAUUUUGUGUGUAGUUUUAGCUUUUGCUCCAGCUGCAACACUUCUGGAAGAAGGCAGGCUUCGCCACAGUUUGCCCAGGCUGGACUGCUGCAGUUCAUUCUCUGUGGGGCUGCCUUGGGAGACUGUUUUGGAAACAGCUGCUGGCACAAACAGCUGCAGCCCCCUCGCGAAAAUGGGACCUUGAGACUCCAUUUGUAGUCAAACUGCAAUGGACUCCAGUUUGCUUGAGAGGUUUUGAUUUGUUUUUUAAACUGGUUACCACAUUCAAGGGAAAUGGAACCCAAGGUAUUUUAUGAGCUGCCUUCUCCCGUGGAGUGCUCCCUGCCUGUGAAUAUCUUCUUUGUCUUAGAAGCAGCAAAUGGGAAUUAUGGGGCAGGGUAGUCUCAGACACUCUUCCCCCCAUUGCUGGGAGAACCCUCUGCCCCGCUUGCUGUUAAUUAAUCAGUUCAGUACAUUUAUAUCCCACCUACACUGACUGGCAGCAACCUUCUGCAGUUCCAGGGAGUGGGGGGGGGGUCUCUCCCCGUCCUUCCAGGAUUGAAUCUGGGGCCUUCUGCAAGCAUAGCAGGUGUCCUACCCCUGUCCUAUGUGUACCUUAAAAGCAUUCCUUCUAUAAAGCUCAUACUUUAAUGCUGAUCUUUUUUAUUUUUAUUUUUUACAUAUUGCUUGGUCAAAAAGCAAAAGACAGGCACACAGAAACCUCAAAGGGGCUCCGAGAAACCCUCAGAAUUAUCUGUGCUGUUUGGGUUGUUGUUUUUGUCAUAGAAUCCUAGAACUCUGGAGGUGGAAGGGACCCCAAGGGCCAUCUAGUCCAACCCCCUGCUGUGCAGGAUUCCCAGCAUUUAAUAUAAGAAGGGACUGCUGGAUCGGGCCAAAAAGGGCCCAUCUAAUCCAGCAUCCUGUUCUCACUGAUAGCCGUCUCCUCCAUGAAUUUGUCCAGUCCAAGUUGGUGGCCAUCACUGCCUCCUGCAGCGGGGAGUUCCAGAGUUUAACAAGGCACUGUGUGUGCAAGGAGUCCUCGCAGCGGGAGCAGGAGCCCUUGUAAAGAGCACGCCAUGGCAGGACAGGCAUUUAAAUAAAUUCUUCCCCUCUUCGACUGUGUAUUGGUGGAAAGGUGUGCAGCUGAGACAGUAACUAAAGGAGGCAUUAUGAUUCCAGAAAAAUCACAAGGGAAAGUGUUACAAGCCACUGUUGUGGCAGUUGGAACAGGCUCUAAAAGCAAGAAGGGAGAUGCUCUUCCAGUUAGUGUAAAAGUUGGUGAGAAGAUUCUGCUACCGGAGUAUGGUGGAAGAAAAGUUGUGCUGAAUAACAAGGACUAUUUCAUAUUUAGAGAUGGAGAUACUCUUGGAAAAUAUGUGGAUUGAACAGUUCAUCUUGCUGCGUUAUCAUUAAGUUUUCAUUCCACAAAAUGUGCUCAAAUGGUUCUGUUCCAUCAUGUAAAUAAUUUCUCUAUUUUCUAAUAAAUGCAAAUUCUCCCAAAUUACCAAGUAUCAUUAUGACUUCAAAAUAAAACAAUUUGUAUAGCCAAAAUACAUUUCUUACUAUCUUAAAAAAAACAAAAACUAGGCACUGUGUGGAGAAGGGCUUUCUUCUACUUGCCAUGAAUCUUCUGACAUUCCGCUCCAAUAAGUUCCCCGCUAUUGCUGUUACUAAAGCCUGUCCCUUUUGUCUGCUCCUGCUUUCCUUGGGGCCUCGCCCAUGCCUGUCCUCCUCCGCAGGGUCGUGGGGCCAGUUUCCUGUCCGACGCCUCCUGGGCACGGGGCUGGAAGAACCUUCUCUCCAGCUUUGGCGGCACGCUUCUGGGCCUGGAGAGAGCCUUUGCGGGCAGGAACCCCCUGAAGCGAGAGUCGGGGUCUGUGGUGGAGAAGCUGCCCCAGCUGGCGAAGGAGGGGGCUGAGAGGACCCUGCCCCAGUGCAUCUCCCUCUUCUUGCCCGAAUUCCCAGUCCAGCCUCCAAUGGGGCAGCGCCAGCUGAAGGUCAGUGCCCUCCUAAGUGGGGGGAAUUAAAGCGAGUCUCAGGAAGCAGAUUUGGGGGAAAUUAUUCUUUUGCAUUUUUAUCCCACCUUUUCCCCUCGAAGAUGCUCAAGGCGCUGUAUGUGGUCCCCUCCCCACUCCUCAUUUAAUCCCCACCACAACCCUGCGGGGUAGGCGAGGCUGAGAGGCAGCAGCUGGCUCACACCAGUGAGCUUCGUGGCUGAGUGGGAGGAUUCGAACCCUGGUCUCUCCCAGGCCCUGGUCCAGCAUUCUAACCACUUCACCACCCUGCCUCUCACGGGCACCCGCACUGGGGACAGCAGAGGUGGCGCCUUCCCCCUUGGAGCAUCGGAAGCUGCCAUAGCCUGACUCUACCCAUUGGCCCACCCAGCCAAGCGCUGUCAGUCUGACUGACAGCCAUUCUUCAGGGUCUCAUGGACGGAGGCUUUGUCCCAGACCGCCCUGAGAGGCUGUUGUCGAAAGAGCCGGAGUCCUUCUGCCUGAAAAGGACUUGCUCUACCUCUGAGCAGUGGCCCUUCCCUUAAAAACACAGCAAAUUUCUAGUCCUCAUGGUUCUGAAUGGACGUCUGGUUUAAAUAGGAAUGGUAGAAGCUGCUUUAGGCAGACGAGUGACCCAUCUAGCUCCCCCAAGACCCAUUUAUACCUGGAGGAGCGUCUCCACCCCCAUCGUUCUGUCCAGACACUGAGGUCCAGCUCCGAAGGCUUUCUGGCGGUUCCCUCCCUGUGAGAAGCCAAGUUACAGGGAACCAGACAGAGGGCCUUCUCGGUGGUGGCGCCUGCCCUGUGGAACGCCCUCCCAUCAGAUGUCAAGGAAAUAAACAACUAUUUGACUUUUCGAAGACGUAUGAAGGCAGCCCUGUUUAGGGAAGUUUUAAAUGUUUGAUGUUUCAUCGUGUUUUUAAUAUUCUGUUGGAAGCCGCCCAGAGUGGCUGGGGAAACCCAGCCAGAUGGGUGGGGUAUAGAGAAGGAGAAGGAGGAGAAUUUUUUAUAUCCUGCCCUCCCCAGCCGAAGCCGGGCUUAGAGCGGCUAACAACAUUAUUAUUAUUAUUAUUAUUAAUUUAUUUAGGAACAUAGGAAAGCGCCUUAUUCCGAGGUCAGAUCAGUAUUGUCUGCACUGACUGGCAGCAAUGGCUUCCAGGGCUCCAGGCAGAGAAGCUGGAGCUCCUGGGGCUGGAACCUGGGAUCUGCAUGCACAGUUGGUUCUCUGCCACUGAACCCCUGUCCCUCCUCAUCCUUGCAGAUCCUGGGCUUUGUGGCCAAGGGGUCCUUUGGGACAGUCUUGAAGGUCUUAGACUGCGGGCAAGAGAAGGUCUUUGCGGUCAAGGUGAGUGCCCUGCCUGACCCCCAAGACCCCCAGUCCUCUGCCUCUCUUUCUUGCUCAAAGUCUCCUUUCCUUUCAGGUGCUCCCCAAAGUGGAAGUUCUCCGCCGAGACACCCUCAAGCAGUGCAAGGAGGAGGUCAGCAUUCAGGUGUGUCCUGAGCUCUCUGGGUGCAAUAUCUAUUCUCAUGGGGACAGGGUUUUUUUUUGGGGGGGGGUGUUUCCUGAACUCCUGGGGAUGCCCUGCAGGACUUGAGAUUCAAGGCCUUUGUUCAUUUAUUCAAUUUAUUGUAUUUCUAUGCUGCUUGCAAACAAUGACAUAACGGGACAUCACAAACGCAGCAUAAACCAAACAAUGCAAUAAACAAAUCACCAGUAAAACCAUUAGUCUGCAUAUAGCAAUAUUCAGCCCAAACCAAUACACUGUACACCAAACAUUCAUUUCCUGAUAUGGAAAAAGAGAACAAAUGAGCACCAAGUUAUUAACGAGACAGCCAAACACAGGUGGUCACUAAACAGUUACAUAAAAACACAGUGUAUGCAUAAGAAUUAUAAAGAAAAACACGAAACAGUAAAUAAAACAUACAUUAAAAAUCCCAGAAUCUUAAAUUGCAAGGGAGUGCACAUGAUCUUGUCUAAGUUGAGCAGCCUUUGCUGCAAAUUUAGCUGUGUUAAACGUUGGGUGUUUAAUGUUUGGGUACCAUUGGACGCCGUUUUGAAUCAAGCUGGAAGACUGAGCCUUUCCAGACUGCUCUGAUUUUCACCAAAUUUGUGUGUUUGUGACUAUAUAUAUAUCAGGCCUUCCAAGUGUCCCUAUUUUCCAGGGACAGCCCUGGAUUUACAGAAGAUGUCCCAGUUUCUGAUUUGAUCCCGGAAUGUCCCACUUUUCCUAUUUUCAUCAGAGAAAUAUCGGAGGAUAGGGAGUUACGUGACCCCCAGCCUUUAGAAAACAUCUGAGGGCAGCCCUGUAUAGGGAAGUUUUUUUAAAUGUUUAAUGCUCUAUUAUGUUUCUUAUAUGUUGGAAGCCACCCAGAGUGGCUGGGGUAGAAAUAAUAUCGUUAUAAUUAUUAUGCAAUAGGACGUCUCUGUUUUCAUCAGAGAAAUGUUGGACGCUAUAAUAUAUAUAUUCUGAUGGUGGAGAGAUGCCCCAUUGAGCAUCAUUUUGAAUCAAAAUCCAGAAGGAACAUUCUAAGACCACACUCUGAAGACCAAAUCUCUCUCUGCGUGUCCGUUAUCUAUAUGCGUGUACAGUGGUACCUCUGGUUAUGUACUUAAUUCCUUCCGGAGGUCCGUUCUUAACCUGAAACUGUUCUUAACCUGAGGUACCACUUUAGUUAAUGGGGCCUCUUGCCGCCGCACGAUUUCUGUUCUCAUCCUGAAGCAAGGUACUAUUUCUGGGUUAGCGGAGUCUGUAACCUGAAGCGUAUGUAACCUGAGGUACCACUGUAUUUCAUUUUUAGUGAACAAUAGAUGGGCCUUUGGGUGGCAUUUUGAAUCGAGACGAAAGGCCGAACCUUUCAAGAGGGCAUUUAUUUCCACCAAAUUGUGUGUGUCUAUUGUCGUGACGAUGGAAUGAUGUUUAUUUGUCCUGAAUAGAUUUCGGUCCUUUGAGAUCUCCGGCUGCACCAUUGACCCCUUUCCUCCGCAAAGAGGUUGAUAUGUCUUCCAAAUCCAAGAAGCCUCUCUGCCACCCGCCCCCCAAAAGCCCUCCCCUGCUGGGCUCCCUCCUUCACUCACCGCUCCCCUUUUCUCUUGUUCUCCAGAAGCAGGUCAGGCACCCUUUUGUGCAUUGCCUGGGAGACAGCUGGCAAGGCCGCCGCCAUCUCUUUAUUAGUGAGUGACCAUCUGCCCUGCGGGGCUCGGCUAGAGUAGAGAUCUGCCCCCCCCUCCCACUGUCCUUCUCUCCCCACCCUGUGCCCCCCACCCUCGUGCGUGUCCAGCCAUGUGCCGCUGAGCCUUUGCCCACACAUGUGACUCCUUGUUUACUCUUCCCGGAGCUCGUUCUGCUUCUCCCCUGCCAUAGGAAUCGGCUGGCUCUCACGGCCUGUGCAGGGAUCAACGGCUUCUCCUCUCUCUCCUUCCCCGCUUCUUGCCAACAUACCGUUAAAAAAAAUUUAAAAAAUUUAUUUGUUAACACAAAAAAGAGAGUGCAAAAAAAGAGGGAAAGACUAAAAAACCCAGACUGUUAAGCGUCACAGCCUGGGAGAGCAAAAGUGCAAAGAUACAGGGAUAAUAAAGUAUUAACUCGUGCAAAGAUUCCCUUAGCAAAUAAUAUUAUUUGCAGUUAAAGGUAUUGCUUUUUCAAAUAAUAUGAUCUACAAAGGGACUGUUUGCCCGAGUUAAUACUUUUACAUGGUGUUGUUUGCAAAGGGGAUCUUUCUGUUUUAGUAAUACUUUACUAAAAUAGUUGAGCUACCUGGUAUCUUUGUAAAAACAAAAGUAUUCUCCACCUGUAAGUUCCGUUGUUCUUGCGAAAAAACGGUUUUGGGUACCCUUAAAUGAGCCAGACAUUUGCAUAUACUGAUGGCACUGAAUGACCACGUGCCUCAAUAUUUGUAUAAGGAAUACCAUAUUUAUGCAAAUCUAAUGCACCAUUAAAUUAAUGGGCACCUUGGUUUUCAAAACCUUGAAGCAAAAAACCCGAUCUGCUGGGGAAUGUUAAUGUGCACCCUAAUUUUCACGGCGUAAUUUGGCGAAAUGUGCACAUUACGUUUGAGUAAAUACGGUAAAAUAAUGCCAUACACAACAACCCUGUGAGGUGCACCACCAUUGGCUCUCUCUGUCUCUCUUGCUGGCCUCGGGUCCCCCUCUCCUCUGUCCCUCCUUGAACCCCACCUGGACCCUGAAUUUCCUUCUGCCUUCACCCCUGGGCAGCAGGCGGCUGCUUUCAAGGCUGUGUGCACAGCGUCCAGCACCUCUUCCCUCGUUCCAAAGUAUCCUGGGAACUUUAGUUUACCCCUCGCGGUGCUACGAUUCCCUGCACCCUGAACAAACGAUAGUUCCUGGGCUGCUUUUGGAGGAAGCCACCGGCUGCACCAUACAUUUAAAGCGCAUGGCUUUCCCCAAACCAUCCUGGGAACUGUGGUUGGUUAAGGGUGCCUGGAACUGUAGCGCAGUAAGUGGGUAAAUGACAGUCCCCAGGAUAUUUUGGAAGGGGGUGCGUGCUUUAAAUGUGCUUUUGAUAUAUGGGGCAUAUGCGUUGGAGGAAAAGGACAUGUACUGCAUGUACAAAAGGCGCAAAGUGGGGUUAGCAGGCUCUGUUCAGACUCUAUAAGUAACACCCCCCUCUUUUUCCCACCCCCUCUUCUCUCUCCCUGACCACCAGUGUGCACAUAUUGCAGUACUGGGGAUUUGUACACCCUUUGGAAGUCGGUUGGGCGUUUUGCCGAAGCCGUAAUCCGCCUCUUUGCUACGGAGUUGGUCCUGGUGCUUGGUAAGGAAGUGCUGUGGGUUUGGGGACAAGGGGGGGGUCAGUCUAGAUGAUGCCCUGAGUCCCUUCUAAUUUGGGGGGUCCUGUCCAGAGUGAGGGUUGAACUCUUAGCAGAUGACUCCAUUGCUGGCCGGACAAGUCUCUUUGUAAGACAGUGGCCGGAGCUGGCCUCUUGAGUGUCCUCAUCAGCGCCCGAAAGGACAGUCCAGGUUGCAAGAGCCCCCAUGAAGUGAGGGGGUUCCCCCGGGCUAAUGGGUGGGCCCUUCCUCCGAGCCUAUGUUUUUUUGGAGUGUGUGAGCUCAGUUGGGAGCAGGAGACAAAGAGAUCCGCUUGCUCUGUGCUGGAGCCAAACCAGCGACUGAUGGAGAAACACUAUCUUCUGGGGUGCUCCUGCUGUGAGCCUCUUGCUCAGGUUGCAUAUACAGUGGUUCCUUGGAUCUCAAACUUUAUCCAUUCCGGAAGUGCGUUCCAAAACCAAAGCGUUCCAAAACCAAGGCGCGCUUUCCCAUCGAAAGUCAUGCGAAAUGGAUUAAUCCGUUCCAGGCUUUUAAAAACAACCCCCAAAACGGCAAGUUAACAUGAAUUUUACUAUCUAACGAGACCAUUGAUCCAUAAAAUGAAAGCAAUAAUCAAUGUAAAAGGUAAAGGUAAAGGGACCCCUGACCAUUAGGUCCAGUCGUGACCGACUCUGGGGUUGCGGCGCUCAUCUCGCUUUAUUGGCUGAGGGAGCCGGCGUUUGUCUGCAGACAGCUUCCGGGUCAUGUGGCCAGCAUGACUAAGCCGCUUCUGGUGAACCAGAGCAGCGCACGGAAACGCCGUUUACCUUCCCGCCGGAGCGGUACCUAGUUAUCUACUUGCACUUUGACGUGCUUUGGAACUGCUAGGUUGGCAGGAGCAGGGACCGAGCAACGGGAGCUCACCCCGUCGCGGGGAUUCAAACCGCCGACCUUCUGAUGAGCAAGUCCUAGGCUCUGUGGUUUAACCCACAGCGCCACCUGCGUCCCAAUAAUCAAUGUACUGUACAGUACUAUAAAAUAAAUAAGACAGUAUUGUACACGAUAAAAAUUAAAAUUAAACAUUUUUCAAACCUGCAUCAUACCUGAUGAUAGUCAUUGUUUGGAUGGUGAAGAGUAGCUGAACAGGGUUCCAUACAGUCACAAAAACAAAUGAACCAAAAAAGCCUCAAAAAUAAAAACGCAAAAUAAAUAGCAAAAACAAAAGCACCAAACUUAAUCUGUUCCGGAAGUCCGUUUGACUUCCAAAAUGUUCAAAAACCAAGGCGCGGCUUCUGAUUGGUGCAGGUGCCCUGGAAAAAAUAGCCAACAGCUGCAUCAGACGAAUUCCGAAAAAUGUUCCAAAAUCGGAACACUUACUUCUGGUUUUUUGGUGUUUGGGAACCAAGGCGUUUGAGAACCAAGGUACCACUGUACACACAAAUAAGGCUGUGGGCGCUCAAAGCCCCAUUAUCUCCACUGUCCCUCAUUCCAAGGAAAUCCUACUGGAAUCUUUCUCCUCCGGGAGAUUGGGGUGGGGCGUGGAACAGGAGAAACUUCACCCAAGCCACCGCUGACCUCUUUGCCCCACGCCAAUGGGGCAAGCCCUAGAGAGUUCUUCACAUACUUUGGAGCAAUCACAGCCCUUAGUAAUAAUCAUAAUUUUUACCACGGAUGGAAAAUAAAAUUGGAAUGACGCUUCCUUCUCUUCCUUCUCCCAGGCUACCUCCACAAUCUGGGCAUCGUCCACCGCGAUGUCAAGGUACAAGAGACACCUCCUCCCCCUCCCCAAAAAAGUUUCUUUGUGGGGCAGGGAAAUGGGAAGCUGCCUUAUCCCAAGUCAGAUCCUGGGUCCAUGAUCUAGCCCAGUAUUGUCUCCACUGACUGGCAGCAGUCGUUCUCCAGGGGUCUCUCUCCCAGCCCUGCUGAGAGAUGCCUUUAGGGGGGCCUUUUCGCUAUGGGCAAGGGCCUCCCACCCCCCACUCCAACCCCCAACCCUGGGAUUGGCCCUUCUCAGGGGAUUUGGCCCACCAGCCCAAACUCCUGGCAUAACUUCAGCCUGGCCCUUUCCCAGAUCUCUGCCUCUUGCACUUGGCGAACCCUUGGUCCGAAUUCGAGUGCCGCCAGAGGGGAGGGCACCUUCACACCCUCACUGGGCUGCUCUCUUCUCUUUACAGAUGGAAAAUAUCCUUCUGGAUGAAGAAGGUGUGUCCCGCUCGGGCUGGCAGGGGAGGGAGUUCCUGAAUGUCCUGCGGGGAAACAACAUAUUAUUCUUACCUUAAUAAAUUUGCCUUUUUAUGUUGCUUUAAUUCUACCAGAAUUUAAAUGCUUUUUAGUGGUUAUCAUUCACAUGUUUUUUUAUUUUUGGAAGCUGCCCUGAGUUCUAGUGGGGGGGGGGGCAGGGGCAGGAAGGAAAGGCAGAUAACAACAACAACAGUAGCCACCCCAAAUCCUGUAACCCCUCGAAUGACUUCCCUGCCUAUUGUGACCAUUGUAAUGCAUGGUACUAGAUGUUGUUUGGUCUGUAAAUUUCAUUUUGAUUGCUACUCCUUUUUGUUGUUCUAAUUUAGUGCACCCUGUAGAAUUUAAAAUGGUUAACGCCAUAAAGGACAAUGUGAGAAAUAAAAGAAGUAGUUAAAAUGCAAUUAAAAGUCAACGUGCGUAUCCAGUGUGAUGGGUGCUCAAUAUCCUGUCUUCAAACCCUCCAAAAUCCGCAGACCCUCCCAUGAGCUUCCUGAGUGGCUCAGUGGUUAGAGUGUGGGACUAAGACUUGGGAGAUCAGGGUUCGAAUCCCAAGUCAGCCAUGCCUGGGUGUCUCUAAGCCUGGCCUACCUCACAGGGUUGCUGUGGGCAAAUAACCGUGUAUGCCAGAGGUUCCUAAUUAGUGGAGUGCUGCAGAGCUCCUGUUUUUCAAAAAUCAAGCCACGGACCCCCUACUUUUGAUAUCUCUGCCCCCCCCCCCCCGGGAACUCCUGGUGCACGACACCGUCAGCUCUGUGGAAGAAAAGGUGUAAUUGCAAAAAAUAUCAAUGAAUACGUCCCAACCAGAGAGGAAUGGCAAACCAAGCUGAUGGGACUAUGCCGAAAUGGCAAAACUGACCGGAAAGCUCAGGAACCAAGAAGACAAAAACUUUAAGAAAGAAUGGGGGAAAUUGAUAAUUUAUUUGGGAGACCACUGUAAGCAGAUGAAAGCACUAACAAGGUUUUAAUAACGCUUGGAAUGUAACAAUCACUAUGGACAAUAUGGACAGAUGCAAAAUAUGGAUUAUGAAGCAGUAUGCAGUCAAAAUGGUUCACAAUAAGACCCAUGGAUGGGGAUGGUGGGAAGUCUGGAGAUUGAGAGAAAUCUCCAAAUAUUUACUUGGGCUUGCCGAUCAGAAGGUCGGUGGUUGCCAACCUAGCAGUUCGAAAGCACACCAGUGCAAGUAGAUAAAUAGGUACUGCUACGGGGGGAAGGUAAACGGCAUUUCCGUGCGCUGCUUUGGUUUUGCCAGAAGCAGCUUAGUCAUGCUGGCCACAUGACCCGGAAGCUGUACGCCGGCUCCCUCGGCCAAUAAAGCGAGAUGAGCACUGCAACCCCAGAGUCAGCCACGACUGGACCUAAUGGUCAGGGGUCCCCUUACCUUUUUAUUGUUCUAACUCUAUGCUUGUAAAAUCAAAUAAAAAUCAUUUUCCAAUUGUGUGGGUCUCUCUCCGGGCUGUAAUGCCCUAAUUUGUUUAUUUUUUCUCUCUCCCACUGCAGGUCAUCUGAAGCUGACUGACUUUGGCCUCUCCCGCCACCUGCCCUGGGGCGAAAGGGCCUACACCAUUUGUGGGACCCUCCAGUACAUGGGUACGGGCGGUUAAGGCGGCAAAGGGGACAGUGGCUAACUGGGACGGGGGCCGUCCUUGCAAGGCUCAAUAUCUCCUCCCCUCUUCUUUCUUUGCAGCCCCGGAGGUCUUGAGUGGCGGGCCGUACGCCCAUGCGGCAGAUUGGUGGUCCAUGGGGGUGCUGCUGUAUGGCUUAGCCACUGGGAAGGUAAGGCUGUGAAGCAGCUUGGAGAGAGAGACUCCACUGCAUGUUCCCCAGUUCUCUGUCUCCUGUGAAGGUAGACUACCUCCGGAGAUGGAGGUUCCAUUAAGAAGCAAAGACCUGAUGAAGAGAGCACAGCGGAGGUCACAUUUUCUGAGACUCCUCUGGUAAAACAAUCUCUCAAAGGACCUGUUGAUGGCAUUUUACCAUUGUACUGUGGAGAGUGUAUUAAUUUAUGGUCCGUGUGUGUGGUUUGGGAGCUGCACGGUCAGGGGAAAAACAAUGCUGUCCAGGGUUGUAAAGACUGCGGAGAGAAGAAUUGGGUGCACUCUUCCCACCUUGGAUCAAAUCUACGCUUCCAGGUGCCAUAAGAAAGCUGCAGAGAUAGCGCAGGAUAGUGCGCACCCCGGAAAUAAUUUUUUUCAGCUUCUGCCUUCUGGAAGAAGGUACAGGGUUAUAAAGACUAGGACUAGCCACCUGAGAAACAGUUUCUACCCAAAUGCGAUUUUGGUUUUAAACGCAGUGUAAGGAGUCUCUCUGGGAGUAUAUUGUAUUUAAAAAUGGGGUAUCAGAGUUUUUAGGGGGCUAACCAUGUUGGGAUAGCUGGGAUAGCAGGCUUGUUGGGUUUUGAAUGUUUUAUGUAGAUUUUUCAAUUUCGUUGUUCUGUAUGGGGCAAUGACAAUAAAGAGUAUUGUAUAAGGUGAGCCUGAGGUGGAAUCAGGCCAGCGUCCUGUUCUCAAAGGGCCCAAAUGCCCCUGAGAGACUAGGAAUCUUGAUAGACUGCUUCUGGACAUGGAGGUUCCACUGGAGCAGCCUGUUGCUGGAUCCUACCUAGCCCAGCAUCCCUGUUCUCACAGGGGCCAAAACAUGCCCCAAUGGGAAGCUUGUGAGCAGGAUCCGGGCAGAAAAGCAUUCUCCCUGCCUGCGGUUUCCGGCGACUGGGAUUGAGAAGCAUUUUUGCUAGAAGCCAUCUCCUCCAGGAAUUCCUCCCGUCCUCCUCCUCCAGUCGACUCUGUGGCCCUCACAGCCUCCUGCAGCAGUGAGUUCCAUGGAUCAGCUGUGUUCUAGCAGCGAAAUUCUCUUGGUGGGUAGCAAAGGAGGGCGACUUGCAUGAGAGAGGAAUUGCUGGGCAGGGAUCCUAGGGCAACUCUGCGUUCCUGCAUGAAUGUGCGAGGAGGCAGAGAGGAAUCCAGCUCUCCCACGUUCUUUUCAGUUCCCGGUGGCCCCUGAGAAAGACCACGUCCGCAUGCUGGAGAGCGUCAAACGCUGCAGCUACGCCAUCCCAGGCACCCUCAGCCUGGGCCUCCGCCUUCUCCUCAGCGAGGUGAGCUGCAGUUUUUUCCUUAAUAGUAAACUUUGGGCAAAUCUAAAAUGUGAUAUUGCACAGACCAUAAACUUGAUGGUGCAAGUGGUCAAAGGGUUCAGUCACUUACUGACUCCGGUCUAAUUCCUUCAUUUCAGGGGGUUGGGCUAGAUGACCGCUGGGGGACCCUUCUGAUUCUGGGAUUCCCACUUCGGAAACCUUUAACGUAUAUCUGAGCCGGCCUUCGCCAACCCAAUUGUCUUGGGCCACAAUUCCCUUCAGCCCACAGCCAGCAUGCUGCCACUUGGUGCAGAAGAUACUGAGCUGGGUGGACCCGAAUGGGUGCAAGGCACUUUUUAAAACCAGCCCUUCAUUUGAGAUCAUAAGGACUAGGAUCUUAUGGGCAUAAGCAGUGCUUUUUCUAUUAAAAAAAUGUUUAGGGGUACUCUCAUUUUCCUACUCAUGUUAGAGGGGAAUUUUCCACUGGUGGCAGAUGACAGAGACUGUGACUCCAUGAGACAGGUGUAAAACCAAAUUAAAUAAGGACUUUAUUUUAAAACAACAAACAGCAAAGCUUGUGGGUGUAUUUCUGCAGGCAGGGUUCAAACUGCAGCUUUUCUCCUUUUGUAGCCACGGCCAGCUGCAACCAAUUAGCCCAGGGCUCACAAAAACUGUUCUUAAAGGUACAAACAUGUUUCUGUGCAGAAUGUCUCCCAACAGUAUUGCCCCUAAAUGAGGCCAAACUUAGAUUCACAGCCACUCUGGGCACAAGAAUAUAAACAGAGCCCUUUGUCUGGAUCAGACAAAAAAGGGGCCGUGUCUGUUCCAGCAUCCUGUUCUCCCAGUGGCCAUGUGCCCCUAAGAACAUGGGAAGUGAGAUAGACUGCCUCUGCAGCUGGAGGCUCCAUAAGCAGAGCCUGGCUGGUAGAUCGGGCAAUGUGGGUCCCACCUAGUCUAGCCUCCUGCUCUCACAGUCGCCAGCCAGGCGCCCCCCAAGGGAAGCCCACCAGAUUCCCAGGGACUGGUUUCCAGCGACUGACAGCAGUGGGCAGAACACAGCCACCAGGGCUAGCAGCCACCCUUCUCUCGAGGCCUCGAGGCUCAGUCCUGUUCUUCCCAGGAAGGGCUGGUUCCCUGUCCCAGAGAGUUGCUGCUGGCCAAUGUAAACAUCAUCAUCAUUAAUUAUUAUUAUUAUUUAUUUAUUUAUUUAUUUAUUUAUUUAUAUCCUGCCCUCCCCAGCCGAAGCUGGGCUCAGAGCGGCUAACAACAAUAAAAGUAACACAGCAUCCUAAAAUUCAUUCUAAAAUCAAUUCAAAAUCAAAUUAAUGGCAACCAUUGGGCUAGAGUUCUACGAGGAUCACCAAAGGAGGGGGUCAGACUGUGCCUUGGCCAAAGGCCUGGUGGAACAGCUCUGUUGUCUUGCAGGCCCUGCGGAAAGAUGUCAAGUCCCGCAGGGCCCUGGUCUCUUGUGACAGAGCGUUCCACCAGAUCGGAGUCACAGCCGAAAAAGCCCUGGCUCUAGUUGAGGCCAGCCUAACCUCUCUGUGGCCUGGGACCUCCAAGAUGUUUUUGUUUGAAGACCAUAAGGUCCUCCAUGGGACAUACCAGGAGAGGUGGUCCCAUAAGUACGAGGGUCCUAGGCCAUAUAUUAAUCAUAAUAUCUGCCCCCCACCACCUUUAACAGGCCAUAGACUAUCUAAUGGCCAAAGGCUUGGGUAAAGAGGAAUGUUUUUGCCCAUUUCCUCAGGAUGAUGAUGGUACCAGUUGAGCCUCUCUUGGGAGGGAGCAGCCCACAGACAGGGAGCCACCACCGAGAAGGCCCUUGCCACUCUCCCAACCUUUUGGGGAGGGGACACAUAGAGAAGGGGCACAGGAUCCAGGGCGGUUCUGCAUUUGGUGGGCAAACAGUUUGUGCCAGGCAGCUUCUGCCGUCUCUUCUGACCGCUGCCCGCUCUCUCCGUCCAGCUCCUGUGCCAGGACCCCCAGCGGCGCCUGCGCUACCUCCACCACUUCCGCGGCCACCUCUUUUUCCGCGGGAUGACCUUCGACGCAGAGAUGCUUCGGAAGCGGCCGGUGGAUGUUGUGCUGGGCCUGCAGAGCCCCCGGGAAACCCCCCUGGACUCUGCCACCUUUUUGGAUUUCGAUUGCGACCUCGUGGCGCCCUCGGGCCAGCCGUGGCCGGGCUGA